AUGUCAUUGCCCUUCUUUCGCUUCGCAACGCUGACCCCCGAGAACAAGGAAGCUCAGAAAUGCCUGGCAUCCCUCAUCGACAGCCAGCCUCCCGAGUCUCCUGUCCAUCUUGUCGCUGUCGCCCAGGCCGACGGCCCUACAAAGCCCACCGACCGCGCUGCCCGAUCUAAAUACCAGCUUGUGCUCUCGUUCAGCGCACGAGGCUCUGGUCCUGACCAUGGCUGGGUGGUCGGGAAGUUUGGCCGGGUCGAUCUGCCCAUCUGCUCGCCCAAGUCACGCCAUCUGAGAGGAUCGCAGAUUUGUAUGAUCUCGAUCCAUCCGCAGUCCGGGGCCUUCAUAUUGUGGAACAUGAGCAAAUCCCACUCGAUUACAUACCUGCAGGCCGAUGGGAACGCCGAUGUCGAGCUGCAGUACAAUGAAAGAUAUAUUCUUCAUAUGAACACCAACCGCCUCCGCAUUGGCCCGCUGGACUUUGUGCUCGAGUUCUCCGCCAGGGAUGAGACAGCAUAUUCGACCAAUCUCGAGAACUAUAUGCAGAAGCGAUAUCAGGGCUGGGACCACCACCGCCGUGUCCAGGAGUACAGCUAUCUCGAUAUAUUGCCCAAGUCAACACAUCUCGACAUGAGGCAUGUUAUUAUCCAUCAUACUAUCUCCAAAGGGGCUUUUGGUGCUGUUCAGGCUGGUAUCAACAAGCGGUCCGGAGAGGUUAUGGCCUGUAAGACGAUUCACUGUCAUCAUUACGAUAUCCCAAUCAUCAGGAACGAGCUCGAGAUUGCUAAACAAAUCCCUUCCCGAACCGUCGGCCUUGUCCCUCUCCUCUCAUCAUGGUGCGAACAUGGCGACCCAUUCCCCUGUUCCCAAGCCGCGGUCGAGUACGUGUAUCUCCUUAUGCCGUAUGCGCCCUUCACAUUUGCUACUGCGUCGUGGCAGGAGAUCGACCUGCCCACAAGGCUAGUGCUCUAUCGUCAGGUGCUCGAGGGCCUCAGGAACCUGCAUGUCAUGGGCAUCAUGCACCGCGAUAUCAGCCCCAGGAACCUGCUAGUCUUCUCUUGCUGGGCUCCUGCCUCUGCAACCGCCGCCAUCUGCGACUUCGGAAAGGCCAAGAAAGGCCUCCGGGGCACUCAGGCGGCCCUCGGGCCUCUGGGCUUUACAGCACCAGAAGUCGGGCGCCAGGGAGGGUAUACGAACGCCAUCGAUAUCUUCAGCCUGGGGCUUUCCAUAUUGGCUACCUUUAUAUCGUGGGUUGGCGCAGAGCCCAUAUCUAGGGAUAACCAUACAAGGAUUCUUGAGCGUCUUGCCGGACUUCAGAGCAGUAUCCCCGACAACCUCAAAACCCUCAUCCGUUCUAUGUUGGCAUGGGACCCCUCGAGCCGCCCAACAGCUGAAGAAGCUCUAGCCGAUCAAGUCUGGGAACAAAUCACGGUGGUGGAACCUGAUCCCGAGGACGAGGACCAGAGCGGUGGGGAGAUGUCUCCUUCCCCUCUGCGUGCUGCCGAGGCCCAACCCAAAUCGAGAUUGCAACGGUCGGGCGGCCCUUCUCUUUCCAGCUCACAUGGGAUGAACAAGAGGACGCACGAGUCUGCUCGGCCAGCCAUGCCUGGGAGCCAGUCAGGCGCAAAUAAGAAGAUGCAGAGGUCUUACCUGUCUGGCCUGUCUGGCCGGGAGGAUAGGGUGUAAAGGAGAGGGGAAUUUGUAGUUAAAGGUUCAGGCCCCUGACCAAUGCGAUAGCUAUGCCUGCACAAGCAUCAAUCAUAUGGCUUUGAGUUUC